GGGAUUAUUGAUGGAUUGAGAUUUGGGUUCUCACUUUUCGUUGAUUUUUGGUUGAAUGGAUUGAUGGAUUUUUAUUUUCUUCUGAAAGUUGAUCUUGUGGACCCAUUAUCUGACUUAGAAAAGUAAAUGUGGUCUGGGUUUUUCUUCCUUCUGCUUUAGCAGUUUGCAUUGAGGGGGCAUUUGGACGAUUAUAUAAGGAUUGAUUUUGCUUUUGGUUCCUGUUUUGGGACGUAAUUUAAGGAGUUUUUGUCUAUGUAUAAAAGCAUACGUGAUAGUUUCCUCAUUUGCUUAGUCCUUUUUUGCGUUUGAUUUCUGGACAAAAACCUUGGGAAAAUUAUGCAAGUCAAAUAUUUUGUGCUGCUUCUCCAUUCAUCAAACCAAACUUCGCUGAGCUGAGUCUGUUCUAGUAUUCGAGUUUAGUUGAAUUUGCUAUGUAGUUGGGACAAUCGGACAGCAGGUAUUUCUGUUUGGAAAUUUAAAUUUACUUUUACCCAGUUUCGGUUUUUUUGGCGACGACAAGAAGCAGGCGAAAGCGGUUGUGGUGCUUGUAUUGUUCUACUAUCAAAGUAUGACCCUGUGAGCGAUGAAGUUGAAAACUUUACAGUAAGUUCGUGUCUUACACUUCUCUGCAGUAUAGAUAGGUGUUCGAUUACUACCUCUGAAGGUCUUGGCAAUACUAAGGAUGGGUUUCACACAAUUCACCAGAGGUUUGUUGGUUUCCAUGCUUCUCAAUGUGGCUUUUGUACACCUGGAAUGUGCAUGUCGCUAUUCUCCGCUCUUACCAAUGCUGAGAAAACACAACGAGCAGAGCCUCCUCCAGGAUUCUCUAAGUUGACAGUUUCAGAAGCUGAAAAGGCUAUUGUGGGAAAUCUCUGUCGAUGUACUGGGUAUCGAUCAAUUGCUGAUGCCUGCAAAAGCUUUGCAGCUGACGUUGACAUGGAAGAUUUGGGAUUCAAUUCUUUUUGGAAGAAAGGAGAUAGUAAGAAAGUCAAAGUAACUAAAUUACCAUUUUAUAACCCAAGCAAUCAGGUCUCUACAUUUCCCGAGUUCUUAAAAAAUGAAUUUAGGUCUUCGAUGCUUUUUAUUUCUAGAAAAAAUUCUUGGUAUAAUCCUACAAGUGUUAAGGAACUUACAAGUAUGUUGAAAUCUACUCUAGCUGAAAGUGGUGCACGAGCCAAGCUAGUUGUUAGUAACACAGGCUCUGGUUAUUACAAGGAAAUAGACCACUAUGACAAAUACAUUGACUUGAGGUGCAUCCCUGAUCUCUCAAUGAUUAGAAGGGAUCGGACAGGGAUUGAAAUUGGAGCAGCUGUGACAAUCUCUAAGGCUAUAUCAGUGUUGAAGGAAGAAAACAAAAGUGAGUUCCUUUCACAUGGGGAGGUGGUGUUCCAAAAAAUUGCUGAUCAUAUGGAGAGGAUUGCAUCAGGGUUCAUUCGUAAUUCAGCUAGUGUUGGGGGAAAUUUGGUGAUGGCACAACGAAAUCAUUUUCCCUCAGAUAUUGCUACAAUACUUCUUGCUGUGGGGUCAGAGGUGAAUGUAAUAACAGAUCUUAAGCAUGAAAAGGUCACACUAGAAGAGUUUCUGGGAAGACCUCCUUUAGACUCCACAAGUGUGCUUAUGAGUGUGCAUAUUCCUUGUUGGGAACCAGUGAGAAAUGUUACAUCAAAAACUGAUGCCAGGUUAGUAUUUGAAACCUAUCGUGCUGCACCACGUCCCCUGGGGAAUGCAUUGCCCUAUCUGAAUGCUGCUUUCUUGGCUGAAGUUACUCCUUGUAAAACUUCUAGUGGAGUUAUUAUAGGCAAUAUUCAAUUGGCUUUGGGUGCUUAUGGGAGUAAACAUGCAAUAAGGGCAAGAAAGGUUGAGGAAUUCUUAGUUGGAAAGCUAUUGAAUGCUGGCGUUCUUUAUGGAGCUAUUAAAUUGCUUGGAGCCACAGUUGUGCCUGAAGUUGGUACUUCGAAUGCUGCUUACAGGUCAAGCCUGGCUGUUAAUUUUCUCUUUCAGUUCCUUUGUCCAUUUGUUGAUGCUUGUGAUGAAUUUUGUGAUGGUCUGUUGCAUGGAUGUAAUGAUGCUUUCUUGCUAAGGGCCUCCGAAACAAGUAAUAACCAAAAGCAGUUUGAUCAUAUAAAAAAUGCAGUAUUGCCUUUGUCUGCAAAACAAGUGGUGGAAUUGAACCAAAACUACUCUCCAGUGGGUGAACCAAUCACAAAAGCUGGUUCUGCCAUUCAAGCAUCUGGUGAGGCUGUCUAUGUAGAUGAUAUUCCUUCACCAACAAAUUGCCUUCACGGUGCAUUCAUUUAUAGCACAAAGCCUUUGGCUUGGGUAAAGAGAGUCAAACUUAACUCUAAGUACCUACAAGACAACGUAGCUGGGGUUAUUUCUUUCAGAGAUAUCCCAAAAGGUGGGGAAAAUAUAGGUUCUAAGACCAUCUUUGGUAUUGAACCUUUAUUCGCUGAUGAUAUUACCAGGUGUGCUGGCCAGGCCCUUGCAUUUGUGGUUGCAGAUACACAGAAACUUGCAGAUAUGGCAGCAGAGAAUGCUUGGGUUGAUUAUGAUACUGGAAAUUUGGAGCCCCCUAUUUUGACUGUUGAAGAGGCCGUUGAGGGGUCAAGCUUCAUUGAGGUUCCUCCUUUCCUUUAUCCAGCACAAAUUGGUGACUUCUCAAAAGGAAUGAAUGAAGCAGAUCAAAAGAUUCUAUCUGCUGAGAUUAAACUUGGGUCUCAAUAUCAUUUCUAUAUGGAAACACAAUCUGCACUUGCUAUCCCAGAUGAAGACAACUGCAUGCUGGUUUACAGUGCUUCUCAGUGCCCCGAGUUUGUCCACUCUACAAUUGCAAGAUGCCUUGGUGUUCCUGAACAUAAUGUCCGUGUGGUUACAAGAAGAGUUGGUGGGGCUUUUGGUGGGAAGGCCACAAGAUCUAUGCAUGUUGCUACAGCAUGUGCACUUGCAGCACACAAGUUAGGCCGCCCUGUUCGAUUAUAUCUUAAUCGGAAGACGGAUAUGGUAAUGGCAGGAGGAAGGCACCCCAUGAAAGUAACAUACAGUGUUGGGUUCAAAUCCAAUGGGAAGAUCACAGCUCUACACCUUGAUAUAUUAAUCAAUGCGGGAAUUGCUGCAGAUGUUAGCCCAGCAAUUCCACAUAACAUAUUGAAUGCGCUAAAAAAGUAUGACUGGGGUGCUUUGUCUUUUGACAUAAAGUUAUGCAAGACAAAUCAUUCUUCCAAAACAGCAAUGAGGGCCCCUGGUGAGUUGCAGGGAUCUUUUAUUGCUGAGGCUGUAAUAGAGCAUGUGGCAUCUAUGCUUUCAAUGGAAGUGGAUUCUGUGAGAAAGCAAAAUCUCCACACAUUUGAUAGCCUGAAACUGUUCUAUAAGGGUAGUGAAGGCGAACCAUUAGAGUAUACUUUGCCUUCUAUCUGGGAUAAACUAGCAAGGUCCUCAUGCCUCGCCCAAAGAAUUGAAACAGCACAACAGUUCAAUGGGUUCAGUAAAUGGCGCAAAAGAGGUAUUUCUCGAGUUCCUAUCAUUCAUGGAGUGGCAGUGAGACCAACCCCGGGGAAAGUAAGUGUUCUUUUAGAUGGGUCUGUUGUUGUAGAAGUUGGAGGGAUUGAGCUGGGCCAGGGUCUCUGGACAAAGGUCAAACAGAUGACAGCGUUUGCUCUCAGUUCAGUAAAAUGUGAUGGAACUGAAGACCUCUUGUAUAAAGUAAGGGUUAUACAAUCAGAUUCCUUGAGCUUGAUACAGGGGGGUUUCACUGCUGGAAGCACUACAUCAGAAUCAAGCUGUGAAGCAGUUAGACUUUGCUGCAAUACAUUGGUUGAAAGAUUAAAAACCCUCAAAAACAAGUUGCAGGAGCAAAUGGGUGCCAUAAAGUGGGAGACUCUGAUUCAGCAGGCAUAUUUACAAUCUGUAAAUUUGUCAGCAAGUUCUUACUAUGUGCCUGACUUCACUUCCAUGCAAUACCUGAAUUAUGGUGCUGCAGUGAGUGAGGUAGAAGUAAACCUCUUAACUGGAGAAACCACAAUUUUGCAAUCAGAUAUAAUUUAUGACUGUGGACAGAGCUUGAACCCUGCUGUGGAUUUGGGACAGAUCGAAGGAGCAUUUGUACAAGGGAUUGGGUUUUUUAUGCUUGAAGAAUAUGCUACAAAUUCUGAUGGAUUGGUUGUUGCAAAUAACACAUGGACAUACAAAAUACCAACUGUUGACACCAUACCCAAACGGUUCAAUGUUGAGGUAUUAAGCAGUGGAAAUCACCAAAAGCGCCUUCUCUCUUCUAAAGCUUCUGGGGAGCCGCCAUUGCUUCUGGCAGCUUCGGUACACUGCGCGACGAGGGCAGCCAUUAAAGAAGCCAGAAAACAGCUUGCUUCUUGGAAAGGCUUAGAUGGCUCUCAUUUUUCCACAGUAUUCCAGUUGGAAGUCCCAGCCACCAUGCCCGUGGUGAAGGAACUCUGUGGAUUGGACAGUGUGGAAUGCUUCUUAAAAAGUUUGCUCUGUGCCUCGAGAACCUCUGAUUGCUUUACUUUGUCUUGUGUUUGAGCUAUACAUGUUGGAAUUUUUCUUAAAUAUCGUAGUUUAAAAUCUUAUUUAGCAAAACACUAUGCUUCCCAAAUCUGUAGCUAAAUGCUACAGAUUUGGCCACGUUGGGCACUUUCUAGUGUGGUGAUUCUACAUCAAAUGAAACCCGCCACUGGGACUGGCGAGUUUCUUAGGAACUCUAUCCCAGUGGCAAGUUACUGUAAAAUGGAGAAAAAAAAAAUAUAAAAUUGCCUAAAAACUGAAUAACCGGCUCUGGCAAUAGCAGUUUUGCUACUCAAGCGGGUUUUUGCAAGAUUGGUUCACAGAUUUGAUGGGAAAGUGUAGUGGUUUAUUAAAUAGUAAA